CGCCCGCUGACAGAGAGAUACAGCCAUCUCAUCCCGUUUUCCUUUCACCCAAGAGAUAGACCGCAUAAACAUUGCCGGCAAGACUUUCUUGGUUCUUCAUUGUUUGUUGCUCCGUCACUUCUCAUUGGCGCCUCCUCCCCCCUUUUGCCCCCUUUGCCCACGUCGUUUUCCUGCUGCUGCAAAAAAUAGAGACACGCAUCUCGCACUCGGCACAACAGCUCGUGCUCCUCCUCCUUUUGUCCCCCCCGCCGCCGCCGCCGCCGCCGCCGCCGCCCGAUACCUGACGCUACGCUGAGAGCGCCCCCGGUCCCCCGGCCCCUCGGAAGACAGCUGAUCACCGAUUACCAACAUGUCUGGAUCUGACUCUGUCGCUGCUGGUCUCGUCCAAGCCACGUCACCCGUCGAUGGCGUCAAGCUCAUCGCCUUGAACCGCCCCGGCAAGCGGAACGCGCUGUCCGGUCAGCUUAUCGCCGAGUUCCUCGGCGCGCUGUCCGCGGCAUCGACCGACCCGGGCGUCAGGGCCAUCGUCAUCACCGGCAACGGACCCUUCUUCUGCGCGGGCGCGGAUCUCAACGACAUUGCGGCCCUCGAUUCGGCAGGUGCCCGAUCGUGUCGCUACCUUGAGGAUCUCUGUUCCGGCGUGGCAGCCGUGCGCAAGCCCGUGGUUGCAGCUGUCAAUGGCCCAGCGCUUGGUGGCGGCUUCGAACUUGCGCUCAUGUGCGACCUGAUUGUGGCGGCCAAGUCUGCCUACUUUGCCCUGCCCGAGACCCAGCGAGGCCUCAUUCCCGGUGCCGGCGGGACGCAGCGGCUCACGGCCGCCGUUGGCAAGUACCUGGCCAUGCGAACCAUCCUUCUCGGCAGGCCAAUUACGGCCGAUGAAGCGCUGUCGUGCGGGCUGCUGUGCGACCUCGUGGACGACGGCAACUUGCUCCAGCAGGCCAUCAACGUCGGCGCCGGCCUGGGGGAGCGCGGGCCGGAGGCGUUGCAGUUUGCUAAAGAAGCCAUAUGCAGAGCUGACGGCCUCUGCCGCGACGAUCUCUUUGAGAGGAACCUCUACUACGCGACGUUUGGAACCGAGGAGAAGCGCAGAGGGGUUGACGACUUUCUGGCGAAGCGGGACAAGUCGGGCGGCAGCCGGGCCCAGCCACCCGGAGCCCCCAACUAAGUUAGUCAGUAGCGUUCGCACUGGGCCUGCAGCAGGUCUGCUGCAUACAUGUAUGUAACUACACACAUACUAAGUUAGUAUGCAGUGGUCUGGUGGCGGCCAUGUUUGCGUUGUCCGAGUUGCAGCGCUGGUGCUGCUCGCCAAGGGGACGGGACGGCGCUACAGCUGCAUCACGCUACCGUUGAAGAAAUUCAGAUGCAGCAGUGCGGUUGAUCAGAGUUUAGGGCCGCGACCUACUUGAAGAGGGCACCAUCUCCGGUGGGGGGUGAGGGGGGUGAAGAAGCCC